AGCGCGUUCUCUUUCCAGACAGGAACCAGCCUCCUCCUCCUCCUCCUCUCCUGUUGUUUUCUCUCUGUCAGGAGCCGACUCCGGAGGAAUGGUAGCAGUUAACAGUUAACGAACCUAGCUCUUCUGUAGCUCUUCAGGCACCAACUGGAGGAUUAUUCACUUGUUGACGUGAUUAUUUGUCUUUCGGUUGUCUUGUUAAAAGAAUGAAUCUACUACCGUCCAAUCCUCACGGGAACGCGCUUAUUUAUGCUGGAUUUAACCAGGAUAAUGGAUGCUUUGCCUGUGGAAUGGAGAACGGAUUCCGUGUGUACAACACAGAUCCUCUUAAGGAGAAGGAGAAACAAGAGUUCCUGGAGGGCGGGGUCGGCCAUGUGGAGAUGCUGUUCAGGUGCAACUAUUUAGCACUAGUGGGAGGAGGAAAGAAGCCAAAGUACCCGACCAACAAAGUGAUGAUCUGGGAUGACCUGAAGAAGAAGACUGUUAUUGAGAUCGAGUUCUCUACAGAAGUCAAAGCAGUGAAGCUUCGGCGUGACAGGAUUGUGGUGGUCCUGGACUCAAUGAUCAAAGUCUUCACCUUCACCCACAAUCCCCAUCAGCUGCAUGUGUUUGAGACCUGCUAUAACCCCAAAGGUCUGUGUGUGCUGUGUCCCAACAGCAACAACUCCCUGUUGGCGUUCCCUGGCACUCAUUCAGGCCAUGUGCAGAUAGUGGACCUGGCCAACACGGAGAAGCCCCCAGUGGAUAUCCCCGCCCACGAGGGGGCGCUGUGCUGCAUCGCUCUGAAUCUGCAGGGCACCAGAAUAGCUACUGCGUCAGAGAAGGGGACUCUAAUCAGAAUUUUCGACACAUGUGCAGGUCAGCUCAUCCAGGAGCUGAGACGAGGCUCUCAGACUGCCAACAUUUAUUGCAUUAAUUUCAACCAGGAUGCGUCCCUCAUCUGCGUGUCCAGCGACCAUGGCACAGUGCACAUCUUCGCUGCAGAGGACCCCAAAAGGAACAAACAGUCCAGCUUGGCAUCAGCCAGCUUUCUUCCUAAAUACUUCAGCUCCAAGUGGAGCUUCUCCAAGUUCCAGGUCCCCUCAGGCUCUCCCUGUGUGUGUGCCUUUGGAACAGAGCCCAACGCUGUCAUAGCCAUUUGUGCUGACGGCAGCUACUACAAGUUCCUGUUCAACCAGAAAGGGGAGUGUGCCAGAGACGUGUACGCCCAGUUCCUGGAGAUGACCGACGAGAAAAUAUGACCUUUGACACUCGCCCCCCCUCUCUCCCACUCCUCUCUGGAGACUUGCUAUGACACCGCCUGGUUUGUUGUUUCUUUACUUGUUUUCUUUUGGAGGAGAUUUCCCAGGCUGCACUUCUCCUUAUCUUGACAGACUCUUUAAGAGAGCAUCAGAAAAAGAAAGGAUGAAGAAAGAGAAACAUAGACUUUGGAGGAGGGGGGACCCCUUACAGCCAAGAGGAACGGAUGGAAGCAACAACAGGGAUGCAGACGAUUGUCUGUCAGACUCCUGAGGACGGUCUCUGGACAGAGGGACUCCCAAACCAAACACUAGCAAAAAGAGAGGAAGUUAUUUUUCUGAAUGGACAACAUGCCGCUUUUUAAGAUGUCUUCCGAGGAAUUUACAAAAGGACGGUUAUUUUUAAUCCCAGAUGAUUGUGAUAGUUAGACGGAUUGAAAACUAUUGAGAUUUUGUCAACUAACACCACCUUACCUAACUAUAGGGAGUGCCUCGAGACUGGAGAGAAUCUGGAUGUGUGCACAUAUAGUGGUUGUCAUAUAUACAUGUGUGUUUGUGUAUAUACCAAUGUACCAUAUUAGGUGUCCGCAGAGCAGAAUCCGAACGAGGUGACGUGGAACCGUUUCUUAUAUUCUCUGUAUAAUCACACCGCGCCAGACCGAUCUUCUAACUACACACAGCUGUACAGAAUAGUAGCAGGAAAAAUGUCACAUGUAUUUUUGUUUCCCUCGUCCCUUUUUUUCAUACAUUGUGCAAUAUGUUUUUUGUUAAGAGCUUGCAGAAGUUGAGUGUCGUCUCUACCUGACCACGCAAGCUUGAAAAAAUAGUUACCAUGUAUUGGGAAAUAGUCACGCCUUUGCUUUUUCCCACCUUAAAUCACAAAAGCUAAUGGAUUGGAUGAGAUUCAGAAGCCUAGAUCAACUGUAAAAAUGUGAAUAUUUAGAACUGCACUUCAUGUUUUCAAUGUUAAUCCAUUAUUAAAUCCAAAGUCUCCUGAA